AUGGGCUGUGAAUCCAAGACCAGCUGCGAGGGCUGCUCAUGUGACGCCCAAGAAAAACAACCCAUCAACAUUGAAGAUUGUCAACAAGAGCUCUUGGCCCUGAGAAAACGUACUCAACAACUAGAAUCUACAUUGGCCGAGCUCAAGAUCCAUGGGUCAUUGAAAACAAAGUCAUCUACUACUUCACGCGAACUUCGUUCCCGCAAAUGGUUCGGUUCAGACGUCAACCCGUCAAUGGGUGCCAUCUAUAUCGAGCGGUACCUCAACUAUGGCAUCACGCAAGACGAGCUAACUUCCGGAAAGCCCAUUAUCGGAAUUGCUCAAUCUGGAUCCGACCUCGUCCCCUGUAACCGAUAUCAUCUAGAAUUAUCCAAGCGGAUUCGUGAAGGUAUUCGUGCCGCGGGGGGUAUUGCAUUUGAGUUUCCCAUACACCCAAUUCAAGAAAGUGUGCGACGACCGACGGCCUGUUUGGAUAGAAAUUUUGCGUACCUGGGGCUUGUGGAGAUUCUAUAUGGGUAUCCCUUAGAUGGCGUGGUGUUGCUGACAGGUUGUGAUAAGACGACACCUGCAUGUUUGAUGGCUGCUGCUACAGUGGAUAUCCCCGCGCUGUGUCUCAAUGUCGGGCCGAUGGUCAACGGUUAUUACAAAGGUGAAUUUUCAGGGUCAGGAAUGGUUGUGUGGAAAGGUCGCGAAUUGCUGGCUGCUGGAGAAAUGACUCGAGACGAGUUUGUCGAAUAUGUGGCGACUGGAGCACCGUCCGUUGGCCACUGUAACACCAUGGGAACAGCUUCCACCAUGAACGCACUGGCAGAAGCUCUAGGGAUGGCCCUCCCUGGUUCUGCAGCCAUACCAGCACCGUAUCGCGAACGACCUCAAUGCGCCUACGAGACAGGCAAGCAGAUCGUCGAGAUGGUCCUGACAAACAGAAAGCCAAGCGACAUUAUGACCCGCGAAGCAUUUGAGAAUGCAAUCGUCGUCAACACGGCGAUUGGAGGCAGCACAAACGCCCCUAUUCACGUGACUGCUAUCGCUAAACAUAUGGGCCUCGACCUUACAGUCGAAGACUGGGAUAAAGUUGGAUAUGAAGUUCCAUUACUACUCAAUAUGCAGCCUGCCGGUGAGUAUCUAGGGGAAGAAUACUUCCGUGCAGGCGGUCUUCCAGCUAUAAUGGCUGAAUUACUAGAUGCCGGAAAACUUCAUCCGGAUGCACUCACCUGUAACGGACGUACAGUCGCGGAUAAUGUCCGAGGUAAACAUUCAUGGGAUCGUCGUGUAAUACGCGAAUACAAGAAUCCUAUACUUGAGAAUGCCGGUUUCCGCCACUUGAGUGGCACAUUGUUUGAUUCCGCGGUCAUGAAAACAUGCGUUAUCUCCAAAGAGUUUCGGGAACGAUUUCUCCAAAGCCCGGAUGACCCAGAUGCAUUUGAAGGUCCUGUUGUUGUCUUUGAUGGUCCUGAGGAUUAUCAUCGACGCAUUGAAGAUGACUUAACUCCCAUAGAUGACAGGACACUUCUCAUUAUCCGUGGCGUUGGUCCACUGGGAUAUCCCGGUGCCGCUGAGGUGGUGAAUAUGCAUCCACCCGGCCGACUCUUGAAGAAAGGGGUUCAGUCCCUACCUUGUAUUGGCGACGGAAGACAAUCCGGAACAUCAGGCUCGCCGUCUAUCCUAAACGCAAGCCCCGAGGCAGCAGCAGGCGGAAACCUUGGUAUUCUUAGAACGGGGGACAGGGUUCGGGUUGAUCUCCGAAAGCGACGAGUGGAUAUAUUGAUUUCAGCUGACGAAAUCAAGACUCGGCGAGAGAAAUUACAUGCUGAAGGAGGGUAUCAUGGACCGGAGAGUCAGACGCCAUGGCAAGAGAUUUUCAGAAAGGAGACUGAUCAGCUCAGUCACGGGAUGGUUUUACGGGAGGCGUUGAAGUAUCAACGGAUUGCGCAGAAGUGGGAUGAACCGAGGCAUAACCAUUAAUAUAUUGCACUUAUAUUCUUGAAUAUUUUUAAUACUUACUACAUGAAAAUCAUAUCCCGUCAUUGCUGGUUGAGGAUAGUCAAGAAUAGUGGUGUUCUUGCAUGUGAUAAGCCCGCGACGUCAUCAACACCUUCUGACUGCGGCUACAACUGCAGUAGUCUAGAAUAGGUAAUGUGAUCAUAUUAAUAUCGC